AUGAACACACAUUCCUCUCCUGGCUCAGUGGCCGACUCGGAUGACUGCUCGCCUCGUUCCUCCCCUACCCGAUCGAACACGGCUCCCCCAAGCGUGCGUUCGUUCUUUCCGGGACAAACAAGGCACGAAAGCCCGACUCGAAGUACCAGAUUUCAGUCGGACAUCUUGCCUUCCUCAACCAAUUUCGAAGUCAAUGGCUUCUUAGGAGUAGGACCACAAAACCAACAUUCGAAUUUCGCGACACAGGCAUCUACACUGGUACAACAGGAAAAUGAGGUGGGCCUGCUGGGUCAUGGUGAACUAGCAGAGGAUGCACUAAUGGCGUCGUGUGAUCCAAUGGAGGACCUUCCUUCCAAGGACUGGGAAGAGCUGGAAACAAGGUUUGAUGGGGACAUGGAGGCUGCAGUACAGCAUGAGCAAUCUAUCAUAGAUGAGAUUGAAUGGGUCAUGAAAAUGAUGAAGGAGUCUACGACCGCUUCCAGCAAGACAGAGUCUGAGAGAGCUAGAAAGAGACUUCGAACCCGGAUUGCGUAUGUACAGCAGUCAGAAGAGACGUUGGCUGAGAAGAGAAAGCAUUGUGCGAGUUUCUCAGCUCCCUCAGUUAUGGUCGCAGCUAAUGAUCCAGUAGACAAAGGAGUCGUCGAUGCAUUUCAAAAUGCUAUGGCUCUACUUGGAGGCAUAUGA